AUGCACACAGGGGGGCCCCCCCACGGCUGCAGUGAGGGGCCCCCAGCAGCAGCAGCAGCAGCAGAUGGAGAACAUAGACAGACGGCGUGCGGAACAGAUAAACAGCUGCAGCAGCAGCAGCAGCAGCAACAGCAGCAGCAGCAGCAGCAGCAGCGGGAGUCGUCAGCAAGGCCCCCCUUAGCGGGUUCCCCGUCUGCAGCAACUGCAACAGCAGCAGCAGCAGCAACAACAGCAGCAGCAGCAGCAGCAGCAGGUGCCUCUAUCAGCUCCCCUCAAACUGCUGCAGGCCUCCCCAAGCGAUCUUCUUUUAGCAGCAGCGACGCCCCCAGCAGCAGCAGCAGCAGCAGCAGCAGCAGCAGCAACAGCAGCAGCAGCAGCAGCGGUUUGCUGCAGGGCCCCUCCAUUAGUAGUUUAUAUAACUCAUCGCAGGAGAACCUCAAGGCGAUGCCUCUUUUCAGCAGCAGCAGCAGCAACAGCAGCAGCAGCAGCAGCAGCAGCAACAGCAGCAGCAGCAGCAGCAGCAGCAGCAAGGUGGUUGUUGAGGCCCUGCCCACACAAACGUUUCGAUGGGGGGACGGCUCGGGGGCCCCCAGGGGCCCCGGGGGCCCCCCCCUCAGCAGCAACAAAGCAGCUGUGCUGCAUGCGCUGCAGUGGGGUGUACGCUUAGGUGUGUGGUGUUUAUAA